UAAUGGAGGUUCUAUUAUUACUCACCAUAUUUCUCGACGUACAUAUGGCUGUGGGAUGGAAUCAGAAUAUUCCACAAGCUCCUCGACCACCGAAACCGCAAUUCUCGCUGCUGUCACCAGUGCAAAAAUUCUUUUCCCUGCUGAAGCCAGCGCAGAAGUAUCCCCCAGCCCCCGUGGGUCAAUUUCCACCUGCAAUCAGGAACAAUCCCCCGAGUGAGGACGACCUCAGCCCCUUCAACGACGAUUGGCUCGAUUACGACUUCGGCAACGAUUUAUGGGAGACGAAGCCAAAACCAGAAAGCCCGAACUGUGUUUCGACAGCAAUGGUAGCCAGUGGAUUAACAGCGGUCAUUCUUUUGUCGAUCUUCACUCUCAUAGUCAAAGUGAUUCCCUCUUUCUUCGCGCCGACGUUAACGUCACCCCUUCAAAUGCUUGCGAAUGCCGCCGUUGAGUCGUGGAUGCCCGUGAAAAAAUACACGCCUCCUAAUGUCAUCCACAAUUACGCCUGGCCACCGGGGAGAUAUUCCGGGGGUUGGCCGAGUGCUCGAGAGGAUUUAAGAUACGGGGGGAGUAAUCCGUACUUGAAUGCACCUCGGGGGCGAUACUCACCCUUCAGAAGAGCGGAAAACAGUCCGGAUUACCAGUGAUUAUUCGAAGAAGAAAUAAAUUAUGAGACGAAGACAUUGAUUUGAAGCUUCUGUAUUCUAAUCUCAACCCAUUUAGUUGUUCACUUUGAUAGAAAAAUUGCGUAAUUCUAUUGAAUUUUUAUUGGAAA